AUUCGCCUAGGCUCUUCGAGUCACGCCGAGUCGCCGACUGUUUUCGCCUCCAACAUUGACGUUACAGACGGGAUGGACCAGUCUAUGACCUUGCAAGAUCUGGCGCCGUGCGCUGGUACACGGACGAUGCUUAUCCUUGUUGGACUGGUGGCAUCAGGAAAGUCCACAUUUGCUCAGGCGCUCGAACGUCACUUUCCAUUGCAAUUUCGUAGAUGCAAUCAAGAUGAGCUAGGGACAAGACAGCGCGUCGAGAGUUUAGCUCACCGCACGCUCCGCGAAGGCUUAUCACCUUGUAUUGACAGGACUAAUGUUGAUGCCUUACAGCGAUCCCACUGGAUCAAUAUCGCUCGCUCGUUUCCUGGUACUUCCAUCAGUGUUAUUGUUUUUGAUACUCCCUAUCAGGUCUGCUCCUCCCGUCUUUGGGAACGAAGUUCACAUCCAACCAUCAAAGACCCCCAACAAGGACAAUCUAUUCUGGCUAGGUUUGCGUCAGACCUCCAGUUCCCGCAGCCCAAUGAAGGGCAUGACCACAUUCUUUACUUAAAGCCUUCGGACCACCUUCAUCCCGAGUACACGCGCGAAGACAUUGAUUUGAUCUUACAACGGCUCCACGAUUCUUCUCCAGAUUUCAAAUGGGGAAACGUUCAGCCUCCCAUGCAAGCUUCCUUCACUUCCGCAAGCUCACCCCCAAUUCAUACACGAGGUCGCGGGUACCGAGGUCGCUAUGCUCAUCGCGGUGGCAGGAACCACCCGUUUUGGUUCAAUAGACUUCCUCAAUCCUAUUCUAGGAGGGGGGAUAAUGACCGCGGAGGAACAAGUAGAACCGUAGAUUCAGAAACAUAUUUGACGAGUGGGCACGAGGACUCUGAUCGAGGACAUUACGGGUCCCAUGGAGCGGUCCGAGGAGUAUCAUAGGCAGGUACUGGCGCUCCGGGAGAUUCCAUGGAGAUUGUAUGAACUUCAAACCCUGUGUAUGAAAACUUACGACUUCGCAUUAGAUACAUGAAUGUAAAAUACUGCCUUCGCAACUAGUCCAGUGCCAGGUGCCUUGGCAAUAUUGAUGUUGUCUAAAGCGAGACUAAAUGACGAGACAAGCACCCCCGCACAUGGCCCAGUCUGAAAUUUUCAAGUGACCGAAGACAACCUUUCUGAUGUGACAAAACCCGCACCCGCGCGAGAAUCGGCAUCAUGAAUCAGAUUUUUUUGCUGAGCUGUCCGUGUUUUCCGCGUUUUUUAUGGUCUUUCCUAGGAUCUUUGCGCUCAC